GACGAGCCUCCGUGAUCAUGAAGGCUGAGGAAGGUUGUCCGGAAGCUCCCAUGAAGGACUUCUACAUGUACCGCACCCAGACGGACGAGGACUAUGCGCCCGUGAAUCAGGACAUGGCCAACAUAGGCGGUGUUCUGUGGUAUUUGCACAAUGAGAUUAUCUGGCACCACUACCUUCGCGUCGGCAGCUUUUCCAGCAUCCCGAAGACACGCAUCGAGCGCUAUCGCGUGAAAACCCGUGCGACCUGUGCGCUCCACCGUCUCGGCAUGAAUUUUGGUGUGGUCAAUGCAUACGACCUGGGCAAGUGCACGGGCCCCUUUGGAUGCGAGAACCUUCAUCAUUUCGGCCCGGUGGUCGGUUGCGAGUCCUGGAACAAGGGUGCGGACAACCACUUUCCGCACAAGCAGUGGAUGGGUGUGGUGAAGUAUCCCAAUGCCAUGUGGUACAGCCUGCCGGGUGCGUGCUCUUCUCAAAAGUUUUGGGGCAAGACCCACAAGUGCGAGCGGAAAGAGCCAAGCGGUGCCUGCAAGGAAGGCGACGAGCCUACCGGUGCCUUUGACUGCACCUACACCUACAAGAAGGUCGGUGAGAUCUCCAUCGACGAGCUGGAAGGAAUCCCCAAUUUUGGGGCGCUGAUGAAGUCUGGCGGCUACGAGUACAGCCGCGCUUCGGACAAG